UUCAUAUGUGACGUCACUUGCUCAAAGUUUUUUAGGUGAGGUAUUCUUAGUUUUGGUUGCACCAUACAGAGAGGGGACAUAGAGAGCCUGUCGUCGAGCCCAGGCAGUCUGUAAACAAGAUGCCACUCUUUGGGAAGUCACCAAAAAGUCCUAUAGACUUGGUGAAAAACUUAAAAGAAUCAAUUGCUAAUAUUGAUAAACAGCAAAAAAGGACGAGUGAGAUCAUCACACAGAUGAAGCUAAUGGUUUAUGGAACAGCUGACCAGGAGCCAUUGUCUGAGCAGGUGGCUCAGCUUGCUCAGGAGAUGUACCUGAAUGACAUCUUCAAGCUCCUCAUAUUCAACCUGCACAAGAUAGACUUUGAGGGAAGGAAGGACGUGGUGUUGAUAGUGAACAAUCUGCUGAGACGUCAGAUCGGGACACGCACCCCCACGGUGGAGCACAUCAGUGUCAGACCACAGAUACUCAUUGAGCUUGUGAAAGGGUACUCUACCCCAGAGAUCGCCCUCAACUGUGGUGUUAUCCUCCGCGAAUGUUGCCGCUAUGAAUCACUGGCUCGACAACUUCUAGAAAUAGAAAUCUUCUUUCAGUUCUUUGAUUAUGUCACUUGUUCCACAUUUGAUAUUGCAUCCGAUGCCUUCUCAACAUUCAAGGAAGUUCUCACUAAACAUAAAAUGUUGUCUGCAGAGUUCUUAGAAAAAAAUUAUGAUGUAGUUUUCUCAAGGUAUCAGACGCUAUUAAACUCUGAAAAUUAUGUAACAAAGAGACAGGCCUUGAAGCUGUUGGGCGAGCUGCUCCUUGACCGCCACAACUUCACCGUGAUGACGCGCUACAUCAGCAACCCAUCCAACCUCAAACUCAUGAUGAACAUGCUAAGAGACAAGUCUCGUAACAUUCAGUUUGAAGCCUUCCAUGUAUUCAAGGUAUUUGUGGCAAACCCCAACAAACCAAAACCUAUUCUGGAAAUACUACUUAGGAACAAAGAAAGGUUGUUGGAAUUCCUCUCCAAAUUUCACAAUGACAGAUCUGAAGAUGAACAAUUUAACGAUGAAAAAGCGUAUUUGAUCAAGCAAAUAAAGGAUCUUCAGGCUCCAGACAACCAACCAGAUCAGCCACAGGAACACCAAAGAGAGGAUUCUUAACAGUUGCUUUUGGUUUUAAGCUGUAUGUAGUUGUGAAACAAGCAGGAUGUCCAUGCAGAGUUACCUGCCCGAAGGACCUCUCUAGUGCAAAGAGACAGCAAAGUCAGCACGGCCAGCCAGACACCAUGUUUUGUUUUUUCUACAAACAAAGCUACACUGCACAUAUUUACCCUCUAUACAACCUUGUGAUUACUUCUCUCUCUACAACUCUUGCUUUGUGAAGGUGAAAAGGUAUUGCCUCAAACAUUAGAAAUCUCUCGUGACAUGAAACACUGUAUGUGACAGACAAUCUUACUGGAGCAUCUUUGCUAUAUAGGUUAAAUGUACAUUGAUAAACAUCAUAAUGGAUCUAGUAUUGUUUUAUCCAUUAUUUACAGUUAAGAGUGUUUAGUGAAGCAUGUAUGAUUUUAACACUGACAAGUAUAAGAUUAUUUCUCUCAAACUCUCAAAGCAGUUCGUGUCAACGAAGAAAUUUGCUUUCUGUAGCCAUGUUAGUGUGUACCCUUUAAAGGAUAAGAGUGUAUGAUAUGUUGCCAGGGAAAUCAGGAAACAGAAUGUGUUUGGAAUCGAAAAAUAUUAAUUUUAUAUUUCAAUAACUUUAUAGCCUUUAUGUAGCCUUGUUUGCAAUGUACCUUUGAAGGAUAUGGGGUAUGCUGUAUGGCAUGUGAAGAAAACAGAAUGUAUUUGUAUUAACAAAUGUUAAGUUAAAUAUUUGAAUAAGUUGUCUGUAAAUGUUAGGUCCUUCAUAGGAAGGAAAUUCCUAAAUUACUGUCGGAAAUAGAAAAAAAACUGUUUCUGCUACUCUGUAUCCCUAAAAUUUACACAAUUGCAAAUAGCAUAUGUCGAAAAAACCCACAUCGGCCU